UCGACCGCGCUUCGGAGCCCCCGUGGAAGCGGGCCGGCUGGGAAAGAGGAGGAGGAAGCGGAAGCGGAAGCGAGUGGGGAAAUUCCGGAUAGUCUUGCAAUAUUUUUAUCCUUUUUUCCGCCCUCCUUUCCGUGAAUUUGUUUUGUAAAAGGGUUGGCCAGAAGGGAAUUUGGAAGGGGGGGGGAUAAAAAUGGAUUAGCUGCCAUUUACGCCCCCUUCUAGGUGUGACGCUCCUCUAGUCUUGCCGCACCCAUCAUCCCCAGCGAGGGGGGGGUCUGUCCUUUUCUUUCCUCUCCCAAAGAAUCAAGAAUGUAAUAGUGAAAAGAAUGUUAAUAUAAUAAUUUGCAAUAGCAUAAUAUAACAUUGGCCCCUGGGGUGUGCUUUGAAAGAAAGCAGCGGAAUUAAAUCAUAGGCUCCCAGGGCUGGAAGGGACCUAGGAGGUCACCUAGUCCAACCCCCUGUUCAAGGCGGAAGGCCUCAUCCUCAUAAAUAAUUGUCCAAUUUUUUUCUUGAAAACCUCCAGCGAUGAAGCGACCACAACUCUGGGAGGCAAAACUGUUCCAUUGAUUAAUUGUUCUUGCUCUCAGGAAAUUCCUCAUUUCCAGCAUCCCUGGAGGUAGUCUUGGCAGAGACCCAAGAUGUUUCACAUCCAGGAGGAGCCCUUCCUGCAACUUUUGGGGCACAGCUCCCCAGCUUGCUUGCUGUGAGCCAUGCUGGCUGACCAUGAGUGAUGCUUGGUUGCUUCUCUGCUAUAGAAUGAGGGAUUUGAUGAAUUUCGGAGCUUGCAUCUCCUUGUUUCCUCUUUCAAAAAUGAUUCAGGUGAUUACCUCAGGAGCAACAGACUAAAGGAGCAGAGUCCCCUGAAGUCUUCUACAAUCCAGACUCUGGCUGUUGACAGUGACCAUUUGUCUCCAUGCAGCAUCAACAAGCACAUUUCCUACUGGUUGGGGAAGGAAACUUUUCCUUCUCGGUCCAUUUGUACAAAGAAAGAGGCUGUGAUACUCAUAUUAUUGCAACCUGCUAUGGUAGUGAAGAGUCUGUAUCUGAACAAGCUUUCACUAAAUCCAAUGUACAAUUUCUGAGAGACAAAGGUGCUGAAAUCUACUUUUCUGUCAACUGCACAAAACUGAAGGAAUACUUCUUGCCAGCUAUGAGGAAUUUUGACCGUAUUUAUUUUAAUUUCCCCCAUUGUGGAAAAAAGGCUGGAAUAAAAAAGAACAGGGAACUUCUUGCUAAGUUUUUCUGCAGCUGUGCAGAUGUUUUGGCAGAGAAAGGAGACAUCCAUGUGGCACUUUGCAGAGGACAAGGAGGAACCCUUGCAGACCAGCCAGUGCGUGAGUGGCACAACAGCUGGCAAGUUGUGGCGAUGGCAGCAGAAGCAGGAUUUAUCUUGAGUGGCAUUGAGCCAUUUAAUAUCAAAGACGUUGGUGGAUAUAAAUGUACCGGCUACAGGAAUCAGGAUAAAUCUUUCCACAUGGAAGGCGCUGUGAAUCACGUAUUCACCCGGAGUGUGCCAUUUUUGCAUUCUCAACCUUUGAUUUGCAAAGCGGAGCUGGAAGGCAAACUCAUGUCCUGCGAAAUUCCACAGAUAUUCCUAGAUAAGAUAAAGAGGAACUACUUAGAUAUUAAUUCAAAGCAUCCUGUGAGAACUAUAAAUGAAAAACUAAUUGACCACCUCGGCAGAUCCUUCACAGUUCAGAAGGUGAAUUCUUCAUUUCCCUUGGUAUUCAAAGACCGUUCUGCUUCUCCUUCAUCAGAUGCCUUUUGGAUGGUUCCUGUUGCCAAAAAUCACCCCGAAAUUAAAUCUGUGGCUUCUAAAAGUGACACAGGAACUGAUGAGGAUGAUGAUUUGAGUUGGACCUUGGGACAAUAUUACCUUCGACCUUCCCUGUUGGUUUUUCUCCAUUCUAUUAUAAAGCAGAGAGACUUUUCUCCUCAGACUUUGUUGGCCCUCAGUGGACUGGCUUUUAGAAAAUGUAAAAUUUCUGUUCAUGAUCCUCCUAUUUUUCACGAGGCCAUCUUCGUCUGUGCAGUUAAGGAAGAUGUAGAAGAUGCACAGCUCCUGACUGAAAGUCUCGUAGAUACAUUAAACUCUUUACUCCGAUCAUCGGAUGUUAAGUUGGACUCUCUGAACCAAGAGCCAGAAAACAGUCAACAGAAUACUUUUCUAUCUUCUUCAGAACCAUUUCUACACAACCCAAAAUACGCUGUGACCGUAAGCUGCCAGGAUUUUUAUUCUGGCCCAAAGGAGUUUCAUGUCGGGACAAUAAGUACCAUUCCGUGGCAACUUUCAAGCCUUAAUCAAAACAUUGUUUGCAUUUCUUUGAACCUCGAUCUUCUGGCGAUGUGCGUAUGUGGCAUUUCUGACUGGCGGAUGCUCUGGACUUCGGACGAGCGUUUUGCAAACCAGUUUUUGGGGGGCCAUUUAGGCGUUUUCCAGAACUUUUCCCUCUACCCACCAUCCUACGUGCACGACAUCAGCUUCUGGGUUCCAGAUGCAGAAACAUUCCAUGAAAUCCAGUUCCAUAUCAUCGCCAGGCGUGUGUCUCUGGACACAGUUGUGUCUAUCCAGCUGCUUGACCGUUUUCAGUACCCGGGGGCGACACAGACCAGCCUCUGCUACAGACUCACUUACCAGUCUUGCGACAAAGCGCUCGGUGGCCCCCAGGCGGCUGCCAUGCAGAUGGAGCUUAGGGAAGAACUGCAGCGUUGCCUCCGGGUGGUUGUUAGGUAGGAGGACCUGCUUGGCAGGGUCGGUGUUGGCAAGAGGAGGAGGGAGAGGAGUUGUAUGUGAUCGCCGCCUUGAGUUAUUUAUAAAAAAAACAAAGCUGGAAUUUAAAUAAAAUAAAGGACAAAAAUUUUCCCGAA